AUGGUGGCUUGGGACAACAAACGCGGAAUGGCCUUUUCAGUUUUAUGUUGGGCAGGGCUUCCCAAAGACAUUCUUGACUUAAUUUUGGACCAUAUAAUCCAAUUUUCUGACUAUAUUCGAUUUUGCUCGGUUUGUAAGUCAUGGCGUUCGGUUGGAUUGGAGGACAAUAAUUACCACCAUCUUCAUAUUCAAAGGCUGCGUAUCCUUAAAGCAUGUAGAAGUCGACUUCCUAUGCUCAUGAUUCCUCCUACAAUUAACAACAAAGAAAAUCAAAGUUUUUAUAGUGUCACCGAUGGCGUAAUCCUUGAUCUCCAGUUGCCAAUGUCUUUCAACAGGCGUUGUUUUGGUUCUUCGCAUGGAUGGUUAUUCACUAUGGAAAAACCUAUGGUUAUAGUUCUCUUAAAUCCAUUCAGUGGAAGAACCAUCCAUCUCCCAGAAUUAAAAGAUCCUGAAACUGUUUACCAAUUUUGGGUUGAUAAAGAUGACCAUGAAUAUUUUGUUUCUAAAGGUAUAUUAUCAUCUGAUCCUUGUCGGGAUGUCGAUAAUUAUGAAGUUGUAGUCAUUUAUAGUGACAACAGAAAAUUGGCAUCUUUCAAAUCAGGUGAUGAAACUUGGCAAUUCUUCAACUUGACAAAAGGUUAUUUUUUCUCUGAUAUUAUUUACUAUGAAGGUCAACUCCAUGCUAUCAACAAUUUUGGGGGUCUUAUGCAUAUUGACACUAUUAGUGGUGCUGGUAAAAUUAUAAUCAAGCCAACUCGGCGUAUGGAAUGUCGGAUGACUUAUCUUGUAAAAUCAUAUGAGAGAGAUCUAUUAAUGGUACAAAAGUUUAUGGAAGAAAAUGAGCAUGACGACAUGCAUUAUAAGGCUUCGGACUUCAAGAUUUUUAGGAUGGUACAUUCAACCCAGAUGAGAACACCAUCAUGGGUCGAAAUCAACAGCAUUGGCGAUCAAGCCUUAUUUGUGGGGAACAAUUAUUCUCUGACUGUUUCGACAUCAGAUUUUUCUGGAUGUUCCUCGAAUUGCAUCUAUUAUACCGAUCAUUAUUUGGCAAUCACGGGUCAUUAUGUCCCUCAUGGUCCUGAUGAUGACACGGGCAUCUUCAACCUAAGGGAUAGGAGUUUUGGAUCGCAUUACAUAGCAGACCGAGAGCACUUGAUACCCCCAAUUUGGAUUGUGCCAAAUUUGAAAGAUGACACUCAACCAAUCUGA